UUGGCUCGUAACUAACGGAUCCUGACGAUUGUUCGUUGAAUGAGCAGAAUGGGAAGGAAAAGAUAAAGGACAUUGUCCCAGCUCACCCUGAAGGCAUCGCCCAAAGCGAUGGACAACCUCUUGACAUGGAAGCUGAAGCUCAUGGAAUUGGUAGGGGCGUGUCCGUUUUGGGCGUACCUUGAUGAGCUGUUUAAGUGUGAUAAGCUCUCGGUUGUGAUAUCAAGGAUGCUGGUACCAAUGGGGCAUGAGAGCACUUCAAAGGAUGGGAUGUCUGAUGAGCAACGUCCUGCUGAGACAAAUGGCAUUUAGCAGCAGGCUUCGAUGGUGGAGGGUUGAGUUGGCAAUAGUCCUGAUGCCGACGUGGAGGAGGUGAGGGCGAUGGCGAGGAUCCAGAAGGAGAGGCAUAUACAUAACACACACUCUUGGGCCUGAUGUAAUUGCCGGUGUCAUAGAAAGACUUGAGUUCGUCCUCACGGUAUCAACCUCGACCACCACGUCGAUCAACCUCUACGUAAAUCGGCUCCUUAUACUUGGAAUACGUAUGAUGCCAAGAUGGGCGAGGAAGAAGUAUGACCUCUUGAUGUCGAGGGUGUUCUCGAGUUGGAGAAACAUGUCAAUGUUUUGCCAGUUGUUUCUGUGGAGGGGAUUGCCAUGGGGACACCUCCGAAUUCGAUAAUUGCACUGUUGCCUGCCCGAUUGACAUAGGGCUAGAAUGGGCUGAGGCUGGGCUGGAGAUGACAUCAGCCUCAGAACGGCCAUGACUGGGAGACGGCCUCGGUAGCGAUACCGAAGCUUGAGCCUGUGGUGGUGGUGCCAAGUCAACCCCUUCAGAAAGGGAGUCCUGAUCUGGCAACUCCUAAGACGACUCCUCAAGUAUUGGAGAUAGAAGGGAGACUCAUAUUGGAGGAAGUUCUUGAGGUUGAGUAGGUUUAGAAGAUUGUUUAGCCUUCUACUGUUUAACACCAUCUUUCUUCUUCUUAGGAUCUUUCACAGAUGGUGAUUUUGACAUUGAUGUUGACGUUGAUGCUGAAGACUUCUUCAGUUUAGAUGCCUUCAAAGAAGACCUCGGAGUAGCAGGAGUCGAUGAAGCAGCAGGCUCAGGACGAGGAGUGGGAGGAGCAGGAGUCAAGGUGUUUAUCUUCACUUUAGGAAUUGAAAGACUGAAUGCUAGUGAUUACUUCUCUGAGAAAGUUCUCAUGAGUACCAGAGGAACAAAGAGAAGAUGGGAAGAAAGAGUAAAGAACAUCGAGGAACUGGCGUCUUCAUAUAAACAAAGGCCACUCUUUGCACGUUACAAACCACAGCUGUCUAAACUAUGGCAACCAUCCUCAGUUUGGAAACUUUUUCAUCGGCAAACGCAAGCAUUUAACUUUGCUAUGACUUGUAAAGAGGACGUUCAUGUAUUUGCUUUGGAAAGGAGCACUGAAAACAAACAAAGAUUUUAUCUUGUGACAACCUACACAGAGCUUUGGUUUUAUUACAGGACACAUCAUGAAACAAGUCUUAUGCAUUGCUAUGAAGUUAUUCCAGAAACUGCUGUUUGCAAACUUUACUUUGAUUUGGAGUUCUACAUACCAACAAAUGAAGGAGCAAAUGGAAAACAGAUGGUAGCAGACUUAAUAGAGUUUGUGUGUAAAAAAUUAGAUGAACAUUAUGGAAUCAAAUGUUCAGCUGAAGAUGUUUUGAAUUUGGAUUCUAGCACAGAAGAAAAAUUUAGUUGCCAUUUAAUAUUUCAGCUCUGCAAUGCUGCAUUUAAGAAUAAUAUCCAUAUAGGUAACUUUUUAAAAACAAUUUUGCAACCUGCUGUUCUUUUAACGAAGAAUAGAGAUACUGUGGUUCCAGAAAAACAGCCUGUUUCUCCUCCUCAAUGUUACGAAGCUACCAAGUGUCUUGUACACCAAAUUGUAUCCAAGGAUGCACCUCAAAGUUGGCAACUGGAUUCACAAAGAAUGUUGGAAAAAGGAGCAUCACAGUUGAAAGAAAAUCCAGAUCUUUCUUUUUUAGUAGUGAAUGGCAAACAGGGAGGAAAGCAACUGUUUGUGGAUCUUGGAGUUUAUACUAAGAAUAGAAAUUUCCGGUUAUACAAGUCAUCAAAAGCAGGAAAGUUUGUCAUUUUGGAUAUUGCUGAAGAUAACAAGUUUGUUCCUGAACCUGUAAAGAAUUCUUCCUUAGAAGAACAGUAUUUUUUUUCCUCCUUGAUCUGUAAUGUAAGAUUUUCAGACUGUUUAAAAAUUUUGACAUGUGACAACCCAGAGGAGGCAAGAGAAACAUCUGUUUGUAUAGAUGGCAACAAUCCUAAUAGCUGUCUGGGAGGAUACCGCUGUUCACCUUAUCCAGAAAUUGAUACCUUUGUCCUCUCUUUAGUUAAUAAAGAUAAUGUUCAAGGAGGGAUAAGACGAUGGAGUUAUUUUACUCUUGAACAGCUUCUUGUAUAUGACAUCUCCAACUAUCGUUGGUGUAGGAAUAUUGGCAGAGCGCACAAAAGUAAUAACAUCAUGAUUGUAGUAGACCUGAAACAUGAGUACUGGUACCAGAAAUGCCACGACCCUGUUUGUAGAGCAGAUAAUUUCAAAUCAGAAUGUUCUCCAUUGCCAGCCGAAGUAUGUCUCCCAUUUCUUUUCAAAGAGAACGAAGACUACGUAUAUAUAAUAGAUGGAAGUGGAAACAUUGAAGAAAGACCAAAAAUGUAUCCUCAUACUGCAAGCCUGUCAGACAGCAAAUCUUUAACUUCGGAACAAGAAAACAGAGAGCCAAACUUCAAAAGAACUUCAAGUAUUGAAUGGGAUGAUGAGAAUGACACCUAUUUUUUAGAAGCUUCUGAGGAUGUGGAACUAGCUGAAGCUGCUGAUACUUUUCAGCCACAGAAAAACUGGAUUUUGAAUGAAAUACCUGAUGACCUUCUAGUAGAUGCUUUGAAAAAUAAUGAAAUCAUAGAGAAGAUCAAUCAAUGAAGGUACUGUGGUUGGCCAAACCACUGAGGUCACUUCCCAAUGAAAGGAAAAUUACGGAGAUUUUAUACCAGUUAGCAAAGACUAAAAUUAUGGAUACUAUACCAGUAGUAGAGUUAAAUCUGUCAAAAAAGAAGAAGAUUGACACUCAAGGCUUCUUGCUUCAAUGCCCACUGUUAUUACAUGUUUUAAUAUAAUAAAAAUGUUGCAGUCCAAUAUAUAA